AGAAGAAGACGGGAGGGAGGAGGAGGCGAAGAAGAAGUUGCCAGCAUGGCGUUUACUCUGUACUCUCUCAUCCAGACGGCUAUUCUGUGCACUAAUGCGAUCGCUGUGUUGCACGAGGAGAGGUUUCUCAGCAAGAUCGGCUGGGGUGUUGACCAGGGAGUUGGAGGUUUUGGGGAUGAUCCAGGAGUCAAAGCCCAGGUCCUCAAUCUCAUCCGCUCAGUCCGGACUGUCAUGAGAGUGCCUUUAAUAAUAGUGAAUUCAGCCUGCAUUGUCCUGCUGUUACUGUUCGGUUGACGGCGGUACACCAAGUGCCAGAAUUAAGUAGGAGGACCAGACAUUUGCCAAGGAACAACCUCGAACCACACACACACACACACACACACACACACACACACACACAUAGACACACACACACAUUCUGAGACUUCUGCCUUCGCCAGUCAUCAGCAGUGUGGAAACACGUUCCCGUGGGGCUGGCAUGGGAAUAGAAAAACAACAACAAACAAAUCGACCCGCAGGUGUUCACAUACGAAAGAGAAGACUUGAUGCGGCACCUGGGCGAAAACGAGGCUGGUGUGGACCUCCUAACCUGCUUGUCAGUGUGACACCAAAAAGACGACGUGAAAAUGAUCUUGAAGUCUGAACGCCACACCCGAUGAUGAUUCUCUCGUCAUUGUGCUGCUUUCCAUUAUCUAGUGAUACAUGUCAUUUGUUUAAUUAUGUGGUUACAAAUGAGAAACCUUUUAAAGAAGUGUUGUUAGCAGUCGGGCUGAGCAAUAUGUAAAUAUUUAUUAUUGUUAUUACAUUUUCAAUUAGGGCUGCAGCUAGCUUUUU